GAGCCGGGAAGACCCCCCGAAUCGUUCCCAUUGAGCUGUCCUUCGUCUCCGCCUUUUUUUUCCCCCCCCUAACUUUUGCCUCUUCUGCGUUGCCAACAAGCACCUAUUCCCGAAGCUGAGAGAAAGGCCGGGUCUAAGCGCGUGUCGCGCUCCCGCUCCGGCAAGGCUUGCUGGGGACCGGAGAAGGGGGAGGGCCGGGGCAAACCGUUGCUGCCUCAGCCCGGGCCCGGGUCCGGGGAGGGGAAAAGCUCCUGGCGCCCCUUGGACUCGUGGCCUGCGGCGGUCCCCACGGAGCUGCUCGCGGGUCGGGACUCGCGGGAACCUGCCACCGGCGCCUCCCACCGCGGCCCACGCGAGCGGCGCGCGGAGGAGGGGGCGGGGGCAGCGGCGGCUGUAGCGGCCGCGACCUGGGCGGGCGGAGGAGUGUGACCGGCCUCGGGGCCGCUGUGGAUGGUUUCUAAAAUGAUCAUUGAAAACUUCGAGGCACUCAAGUCCUGGCUCAGCAAGACUCUCGAGCCCAUCUGUGAUGCAGAUCCAUCAGCCCUAGCAAAAUACGUUCUGGCUUUGGUAAAGAAAGACAAAAGUGAAAAAGAGUUAAAAGCAUUAUGUAUUGAUCAGCUGGAUGUAUUUCUUCAGAAAGAGACACAGAUAUUUGUGGAAAAGCUUUUCGAUGCUGUGAAUACGAAGAGUUAUCUACCUCCUCCGGAGCAGCCAUCAUCAGGAAGCCUGAAGGUAGAAUUUUUUCAGCACCAAGAAAAAGAUAUAAAAAAGGAAGAGAUCACAAAAGAGGAAGAACGAGAGAAGAAGUUUUCUAGAAGGCUAAAUCACAGUCCUCCCCAGUCAAGUUCCCGUUAUAGAGAAAAUAGAAGUCGUGAUGAAAGGAAAAAAGAUGAUCGUUCUCGCAAAAGAGAUUAUGACCGAAACCCUCCUCGAAGAGAUUCAUACAGAGACCGGUACAACAGAAGACGGGGGAGGAGUCGCAGUUACAGCAGGAGUCGAAGUCGAAGUUGGAGUAAAGAGAGGCUUCGUGACAGGGAUAGAGAUAGAAGCAGAACUAGAAGCAGAAGCAGAACACGAAGCAGGGAAAGAGAUCUGGUAAAACCUAAAUAUGACCUGGAUAGAACAGAUCCAUUAGAAAAUAAUUAUACUCCAGUCUCUUCGGUACCUAAUAUUUCAUCUGGCCACUAUCCUGUACCUACUUUGAGCAGCACUAUUACAGUAAUUGCUCCUACUCAUCAUGGUAACAACACUACCGAAAGCUGGUCUGAAUUUCAUGAAGAUCAGGUGGACCAUAACUCUUAUGUAAGACCACCGAUGCCAAAGAAACGUUGUAGAGACUAUGAUGAAAAGGGUUUUUGUAUGAGAGGAGACAUGUGCCCUUUUGAUCAUGGAAGUGACCCAGUAGUUGUAGAAGAUGUGAAUCUUCCUGGUAUGCUGCCUUUUCCAGCACAGCCUCCUGUUGUUGAAGGACCACCUCCUCCUGGACUCCCCCCACCCCCACCAAUUCUUACACCCCCACCUGUGAAUCUUAGACCGCCAGUGCCACCUCCUGGUCCAUUACCACCCAGUCUUCCACCUGUCACAGAUGAUAUUUCUUAUUCUUUGGUUUUGACAGGACCACCACCUCCACUUCCUCCUUUGCAACCAUCUGGCAUGGAUGCUCCCCCAAAUUCUGCGACCAGUUCUGUUCCUACUGUAGUAACAACUGGCAUUCAUCAUCAAACUCCUCCAGCUCCACCCUCUCUUUUUACUGCAGUUUUUGUAUUACCAGAUACAUAUGACACAGAUGGCUACAAUCCUGAAGCCCCAAGUAUAACAAAUACUUCCAGACCUAUGUAUAGACACAGAGUGCAUGCACAGAGGCCUAACUUAAUAGGACUAACAUCAGGGGAUAUGGAUUUGCCACCCAGAGAAAAACCACCUAAUAAAAGCAGUAUGAGGAUAGUAGUGGAUUCAGAAUCAAGGAAAAGAACCAUUGGUUCUGGGGAGCCUGGAGUUCCUACAAAAAAGACUUGGUUUGACAAGCCAAAUUUUAACAGAACAAACAGCCCAGGCUUCCAGAAGAAGGUUCAGUUUGGAAAUGAGAACACCAAACUUGAACUUAGAAAAGUUCCUCCAGAAUUAAAUAAUAUCAGUAAACUUAAUGAACAUUUUAGUCGAUUUGGAACCUUGGUUAACCUACAGGUUGCUUAUAAUGGGGAUCCUGAAGGUGCCCUUAUCCAAUUUGCAACGUAUGAAGAAGCAAAGAAAGCAAUAUCAAGUACAGAAGCAGUGUUAAAUAAUCGCUUUAUUAAGGUUUAUUGGCACAGAGAAGGAAGCACUCAACAGUUACAAACUACUUCCCCAAAGGUCAUGCAGCCUUUAGUCCAGCAACCCAUUCUGCCUGUUGUGAAGCAGUCAGUCAAAGAGCGAUUGGGUCCAGUACCUUCAAGUACCGUUGAACCAGCAGAAGCCCAGAGUGCCAGUUCAGAACUUCCUCAGAAUGUAACUAAGUUAUCUGUGAAGGACAGGUUGGGUUUUGUAUCAAAGUCAUCUGUUUCAGCAACUGAAAAGGUGUUAUCUACAUCAACUGGCCUAACAAAAACAGUGUAUAACCCGGCUGCUUUGAAGGCUGCACAAAAAUCCUUACUUGUUUCUACUUCUGCAGUUGAUAAUAAUGAAGCACAGAAAAAAAAACAGGAGGCACUGAAACUUCAGCAAGAUGUAAGGAAAAGGAAACAAGAAAUUUUAGAAAAGCACAUUGAAACACAGAAGAUGUUAAUUUCCAAACUGGAGAAAAACAAAACAAUGAAAUCUGAAGAUAAAGCAGAAAUCAUGAAAACUUUGGAGGUUUUGACAAAAAAUAUCACCAAGUUGAAAGAUGAGGUCAAAGCUGCUUCUCCUGGACGCUGUCUUCCAAAAAGUAUAAAAACCAAGACUCAGAUGCAAAAAGAAUUGCUUGACACAGAACUGGAUUUAUAUAAGAAGAUGCAAGCUGGAGAAGAAGUCACUGAACUUAGGAGGAAAUAUACAGAAUUACAGCUGGAAGCUGCAAAACGAGGGAUUCUUUCAUCUGGUCGGGGUAGAGGAAUACAUUCAAGAGGUCGAGGUACAGCUCAUGGCCGAGGCAGGGGUCGAGGUCGAGGGCGAGGUGUGCCUGGUCAUGCUGUGGUGGAUCACCGUCCCAGGGCAUUGGAGAUUUCUGCAUUUACAGAGAGUGAUAGAGAAGAUCUUCUUCCUCAUUUUGCGCAAUAUGGUGAAAUUGAAGAUUGUCAGAUUGAUGACUCUUCACUUCAUGCAGUAAUUACAUUCAAGACAAGAGUAGACGCUGAAGUAGCUGCAGUUCAUGGAGCCCGUUUCAAAGGGCAGGAUCUAAAACUGGCAUGGAAUAAACCAAUAGCUAAUAUUUCAGCAGUGGAAACAGAAGAAAUUGAACCUGAUGAAGAGGAAUUUCAGGAAGAGUCUUUGGUGGAUGACUCAUUACUUCAAGAUGAUGAUGAAGAAGAAGAGGACAAUGAAUCUCGUUCUUGGAGAAGAUGAUUUGACUGAUCAAUGAUCUGCAUAUGCUAGAACUCUACCUGUGUUGCAUUAGUAUUAUCUAAUGUACUUUUACAUAUUUGUAAAAACAAUUUUUGGUAAAAUGUGAUGAAGAUGGAUUUCACAAAUAGACAAGAGAGAAGAAAACUACCUUCUGAUCCUGUAUUUUGAAAGAUUGAUAUUUACGUUUUAUUUCAGUAAACAAUUGCUAAAGACAUCACACUAGAAACAUAUGCAAUGUUUUUAUUACAUACUUAUGAACAUUACAGAAUUCUUUGGGUUCUUUGUAAUUUAAUGAAUAGGUCUGAAAACUUAUGACCAAUACUUGUUAUAACUUAGAGGAUUUUGUUUUACUCCAAAUAAGGAAUGAAUUUGCAUUUGAAAUCUUAAUGAAUGUUUUCAAAAAUGAAUAGAUAACAUAGUACUCUAACUAAAGUCUCCAAGUUAUGUAUUCAUAAUAUUACAUAGUAGUAUGCCUAGGCUUUACUAUGUAUUAGCCUUUUGUUGGACUUGUGUAUGUAUUUUACCAUAUGGGUUUUAAUGAUAAUGGUGUAUGACUGCUUUACAUAUGAGCCCUUAUGCAUCUGGAUGUUAAAAAAUAAAGUGGAAUGGUCUCUUAAAAAAAAAAAAGAAAAGAAAAAAAAAAGGCAAUGACAAAAAAAAAAGACCAAGACAAUGUUCCUUGAUUUUUAAAAAAAGAAAAAGAAAAAAGAAAAAAAAGAAAAAAAAAAGAAAAGAAAAAGAAAAAAAAUUAAAAUACAUAGACCAUUCCAGAUGGUGAUCUACCCUUCCCCCCAAUUAUCACAAAAGGAGUUAUAAUCACUAACUUAUUCCUAAUAAUAAUAAUAGUUACCGGUACCUUUAUAAUAAUGUACAAUCCAAUGUUUAAAAUUUAUACCACUUCAGUUUGGUUUGAUCCUAUAAAUUUUCAACAGAUGUCUUAAAAUUUAAAAGCAGGCUGAUUAGUUUGGAACCAGACUUCAAGUAGAGCUAACAUUUGGUGAAUAAGAAAACAUCACAUUACAUUUUGGAUGUAUGAAAGAAAACUUGACCAUUUGAAGAUAUAUGAAUAAAGAAAUGUACUAUAGAUACUACUUUAGGAAAACACUGUUUGUAGUCGUGAAAGAUGCCAAAUUGGCAGAGGCUCACGUUUCUUCUCUUUACACCAAACAGCAGAGAGAAAUCAUCAUUGCCUGAAUUUAGCUUUGUGACCUACAAGAGCAAGAGCUGUUCCUGUCUGGAGACGACUGUUAAAAUAAUAUCACUCCAUCAUUUUAUGUGUGUCCUUUAUUAAUUAAUUAAUUAGAUGUUCACAUGUACAUUAUUAUCAUUUUAUCUUUAUGGUUAGUCUGAGAGUACAUCUGAGUCUAGAAAUGUAUCCAAAUGUGUGCUCUGAUCUUAUUUUUCAGUAUUUUCUUUCUAACCAUUUCUUUUUUUAAAUACACCUUAUGAAGGAACAAGCCUCUUGGUUUCCUAAUAUGAGAUACAUUCAGUUUCAGCCAAAUUGGGAAUUGUGUCUGGGAAAUCUAUAAAGCCAUGAUACUGUGUUCAUUAGUGUGAACAAUUUAGAAUGAAGAAAUUAAUUAAAAACUUUAAAUAUGAGUUUGGUUUAAAUUUUUCUGGGCUUUAAUAUAUAUUUCUGGGAUUAAUAGUCAGUUAAAAAAUUUUGAACAGAUGAUAAAGUACUUUUUUAACCCUGUAAUAGCUUGCCUGUUUCUUCUGAAUGUGUUUAUGUGUGUUGCCAAGACCACUCACCCAACCGAUUUUCUUUUUUAUUCUUGGUUCUUCAAAACAAAGCGAAUAAUUUUCUUUUCUUGCAAAUAAUAGAUGAUGAUCUGUGGAAUAUAAAUAUUAAAAUAUCUAUUAAAUAUCUAA